AUGGGUCUCCUCACUCCCUUGUACAACCUCCCUAACAACGUCCUCGAGAAGCAAAAGAGGUACCAGAACGACACCCGACCUCUUCCUCUGCGCGGACCCCGUGCUAAGCUCUAUGUUGGUGUUUACGCCGUCCUCUUCACCGCUGGAAUGAUUGGCACGACAGUGGGGUCCUGGAACAUGAUCAAGGGCGAGAAGAGCGAGUAAAGGACCUGUAGAGGACCACUGCAUCUCCCAUCCCAUUAGGACCCUUCCUCUAGACCAAGCAAUAAAUUUCGCAUUAAUACAUCCA